AUGGUACGUGGUCCUGUUUGAGGGGACAGCUGCUCUACUCUUGGUUUUGUACUCCCGUAAAUUAGCGCUUAAGGUUCGUCGUGACUGAUCGGGGGGGCUUUUUGAGUGGCAUGCUGCCUCCUGUCUGUCAAACACCCAGAGGAGACCCGAGUGGCAUUUAACUGCGUUUGCUAACUGUGUCGUUGUGCAACUAAAACAUUGCGACUAGUACGUAAUGAGGAAAGUGUGCAGGGUGACUCACUGUCUAGCAACAAAACCCUCAAAUCACACACGGGCGUCACGUUAGCACGCUACAUAGCUAGCCCGCUAGCGCUAAAUGCUAGAUACUCAACCGAAGCUAACGAGCUAAGGCAGUUGGCUGAUGUUAGCGGUGGGUUUCUUUGACACAAGACUGCAGAGACAAAGCUGCUCUUCACCGCACAGUUGCGUGAACUCCACGCAGAUAAAACUGCAGUUUCAAAGAGCAGCUGGUCCUUGUUUAAGACACAUUUCUGCCAGCUGCCUCAGAUGUUGGACAAGGCACACUGUCAUUGCCAGUAACACGUCAAUGCCACCUUGAGUGUCUGCCAAGUCCGCUUAAACUAAAAGCUUUUUUCCCCCCGCAGACUAAAAUGAUGUUUAAAUCGUGUAUUUAUCAUCUAAAGCUCUCUUGCUUGACCUCUGCACUCACAUUCACCCCUACCACAGAGCUGUUUAUUGUUGUUUGAACCUGUAAGGCCCUAUGGAGACAGUGUUAAAAGACAACACCAGUGUUUGUAAGUUAUAAUUUCUCGUCCGGCCUGCUUGUUUUCCUCCUGAACUUCCUGUCUAGUCCUCCCUGGUUGGGCAGACCAAGGAGCUCAGGGUGAGAGGAGAGAGAGAAGAGGACUUGUAUCCAAAAGCUGUGACUCAUGUUUGACCACACUGUCUUGUUAGUACACAGUGAGUGAGAGCUGGCUCAUAUUUCGCAAUAUGCCCUCAUGACAUUUGGAUUAGGAUUAGUGAAAUGCAAAGAAACUGCUUCUAUGAUGCUACAUGAAAUAUUGUGCACUGUCUCAAUUUGAUAAUGUGGUUUAUUACAUCUAAAUUUAUGACCUAACUGAUGGAGUAUGGCUUGGCAUUGUUUACUGUGAUACAUAGGGAAAUAAUGAAGUCUAUUUCAAUAAUUUUACAGAAUAUUUCUGUAGAAAUAUUGUUGAAAAAGACACCAAUUAUGUUAAAAAGUAAAAACGCCACACUUGUAAUGUGGAUAUGAAGGAGCUUUUGGCAUUUGGUGUUGAUUUCACUGAAACUGAGCAGUCCAAUGUAGGUACUGUAGGAUGCACUUGACAAUAUUGAUACACCCCCUGCUGAAUGUUCAUGUAUUUUCGGAGACGUAAGAGCAGCCCGGUUCUGCUUUCAGUCUGUCUUCUUGAUUUCCCACAGUUCUGGUAGGAGUUGAUCACAUGCCCCAGCUUACCCCUGCAUGAUGAGAGACACUCCUGUGCUUCUGCUGCUGCUGUGAAAGGAAGAUAGCUUUCUGAUAAACGAAUGCCGUUUUUUUUUUUUCAAAACACUCACUGCAAUAAGGACUAUGUUCGUGAUAAAGUCCUAUUAUUUGCAAGCAACAAUCUCUUAUGUAACAGUGCAAGAGUGAACUGGUCACUAGCUUGGCCUUUUGUGCGCUAUAGAAUUCAAACUUAAAAAUCCUGUCAUACUAAUGAGCAGAGUCAGUUUUUAUACAGUAUAUUGAGCAUAUACUCUCUCUGUGUGUGUGUGUGUGUGUGUGUGUGUGUGUGUGUGUGUGUGUGUGUGUGUGUGUGUGUGUGUGUGUUGUGUGUAACUGACACAAUGCUCCAGCCUGCAGAGCAACUGUGGCAUGCCUCUCGGACCCCUCUUAUCUCAUGCUCCUAAUCCAUUUGCACCACACACUUGCCCUUUUGACGAUGACGAUGAAGUUUUUCCACUGACCCUGAACAUUGCUGUCAGAAAAAAAUUGGUCACAUUCUCAGUGUGUUGGUUUUAUGAAUGGAGAGCUACCCCGGAGUUCCUACCCAGCUGACCCCCCCUACCCACCACCUCUUCCCCUCUUUUUGCAGAGCUUUAGCUCCCAUGGUAUACCUUGUGUAUGUUGUUGUAAAUCUUACAUCUCUUGAACUGCAGUUUUUAUAUGGUACAUGUUCAUUUAGAUACACAUAGUUUUACAUUUUGGAGGCCAUUGUUUUGUUAUUAAAGUGUUGCUUAAGUACAACACUUCAGAAGCAGUAACCUGGCACUCUCCCACUGAUUCUUACCCUCGCACUGGUUUCACCUGAGUUUUUUCAGGCUCAUGUAACCAUGAGCUCCAGAUGUUGAAAAGAGGAACCAUCACAUGCUUUACUCUAAUAGGUUAUGGAGCUGCUUGGGGGUAGGACUCGAGGGUGGCAUGCCAGCAUGCUAUCAGCCCAUGCUGCGCAGCUUCUCAGAGCUCUGCCCCAGGGCUACAAGUGUGAGAGCUGGAGAGCCGUCACACUUUGGUCUCAUGACUGCAUGAACUGACUUCACUCGCAUACAGCCUUCCAGGAGUGUUAUCCUAAGGCUUUGAUGAACCCAUUCCCUCUAUUUAUCUUUUUUUAUAGGCCUAGAUAAACUACUGUAAGAUGCAUGCACAAGGAUUACAUUUGAUAAGGUUGGCGUGUUGUAGAAAUUCCUCAUGGUGUGGGCUGCAUUUGGUUUUGGUGUAGCCAAUCCAAAAAAUGAUUUUGAAUUUGAUUGAAUAACAUCAGAAAAGACAGCAAUAUACACUGACUGGCCAAAAUAAAAGUCGCCACCUGGAUUUACCAAGCAAAUAUGUACUUAUUAAUAUGUAAUAUGUUCUUCACAAUUCAGAGAAAACAUUGAGGGAGAUCGUAGAAACUACUAGAAUUGGGUUAAAAACUGUCCAACACAUUGUGAAAAACUGUAAGGAUAGUGAGGAACCAUCAUCUUCCAGAAGGAAAAGUGGUUGAAAAACAAUUCUGGAUGAUCGUGAUCUGUGAUCACUUAAACGUUUGGUCAAAUCAAAUCGAUGAAAAAGCAACAGUAGAACUCAUUUCCACAAGCACAAUGAGAAGGGAACUCAAGGGAUUGGGACUGAACAACUGUGUAGCCUUGAGAAAACCACAUAUCAGUAAAAAGGCUUCAGUUUACUAGGGAGCAUAAAGAUUGGACUCUGGAGGAAUGGAAGAAGUUCAUGUGGUCUGAUGAGUCCAGAUUUUCACUGUUCAAGAGUGAUGGGUACAUCAGGGAAAGAAGAGAGGCAGGUGUAGUGAUGCACCCAUCAUGCCUAGUGCCUACUGUACAAACCUAUGAUCUGGGAUCGCUGCAUUUGGUCAGGUCUAGGUUCAGCAACAUUUUGUGCCCAAAGAAUCAGGUCAGCUGACUACUUGAGUAUACUGAAUGACCAGGUUAUUCCGUCUAUGUAUUUUUUUCUUCCCUAAAGGCAUGGGCAUAUUCCAAGAUGACAAUGCCAGGAUUCAUCAGGCUCAAAAAAGCUAAAGGUGGUCCGAUGAAAUAUGAGAGCGUGGGACCUUUUUUUGGGGGCCAGGCAGUGUAUUUACUACACUAUUUCAUAUUGAUUUUAAUUUUUUUUUUAUAUAUAGUGCUGGGAUGGUAACCAGUAUAAGAUGCCUGAUCAUCUCGCCAAGGACUGCUACAGCUAGCCUGCUAGCAGCUGCGUCUUUUUCGUCUCUCCUCAUUUGAUGGCCUCAUGCAACCAUUGUCAAAGACCACUAUUGUUAUUUCAUGGUUUUACCACAUGCUUAAUUUUUGCACAAUAUCAAUGAUUUUUUUUCUUAAGAGAUGGUUAUUGUCAAUAUCAGUAUAUCGUGACUGCUCUGGUCUAUUACUAGACUUUCCGUAGGCCUACGUCUUGGGAUUGCUUGUGCAACUGCAGCUCCCUUGUGAUGUGAGCUAAGGAAAAGAGAAACAGUGGGGAGGAAUUAAGGUUAUAGCAUGGAAAAAAAGUCAUGACAGGAGCUUUAGUUCACUGUACCGUGGAGGAUGGCCUAGUUCUGUGUUUAUGCUUAUAGCUAUAGCAAUGUACCCUUGGUUCAGUGGUGACUUGUUGUAAAACCUACUACAAUUAUCUGUUCAAAUAAUAGUUCAGACAGCUGGACAUCUCAGUGCUGUGAUUUAUCUAAAUUUGGUGGCACAUGUAAGUCCAGUUUUUCCCCUCAAACUCAGAGCUUGUUUUGGUUUUCCAUUACAGCAUGUUGGAAACUCCUUUCAGCCAUAUCAGAGCCAGGACACUUUGAUACCAAGUUUUUAAAGUAAACAGGAAAAAAAAAUACAUCAGCCUCUGUUGGUGCCCUGAGAGCUUCUCUUCUCUCUGACUGCUGCCCCUCUCUGCAGAGUUGACCCCAUAUCCUCAAACCCUCUGACGGGUAGUAGAAUUGCCAAGCCAGAUGUUACCCUGUACUACGUCAGACAGGGCCAGAGGAAGGACAGGUUGAACGGCCAGCCUCAUUUCACAGUGUUGGGAAAAGAAGUAGGAGGGAGAGAGGAAGAGCUCAGCUGGCAGGAUUUCUUAGUUCAAAAGUGUUUAAAUUUUGUGUGUUGGGUGAUGACAGUAGGAGAGCACAGUCAGAGCGUCACUAUAAAUGUUUCCACUGGUGAACAUGCUUACACUCAAACGCAUGAAAAACACAAUGGCCCAUUAACAAAGCACAUAAAAUCCUGAAUUACUGAACCCGGGAGAGAUGGAGAGGGGCGGGUUUAGAUUUCCUAUGAGAACAGAGAAAUCAUAAAACCUGGAGCUAAGAGAGAAACUUGAGAGGAAGAGGGAGGGAGGGAGGAAGUGUGUAUGUGUGUGAGCGUGUGUUUGUGUGUUUUUGGCAGGGUCUCUAAAGUGCUCAGAUCCUUUUGUUGCCUGACAUUCUCAGGUACCAUAGUAACAGGUUAGCAGGACACAGUCCCGCUUUAUCUGCCUUAUUAAUGCUUUGUUUGAUGGAGUUGGAACAAGACGGCAAACCAGUUUGUGUCAUGGUGUUUUUCUGGCAUCCAUCGCCAGUUCUCCAGGUACCGAAUCAUAAAACAGGAAAUUAGAUUUCAGGCAUUAGUUAUCGUAAUUACUCAAUGAACCAAAGGGAACUGAAGAGUCAGUAAGCUGCAGUGUUCAACGACAACACAGCAUAUAACAACAUCACAACAACAAAACCAUGACAUACACGUUAUUUAGGCCGCUGAUCAGAAAAUUCCUCCAAGCGUCAUUACCUUUUCCAAAUUUUUUAGAUAUGCAUAUUUAUUUCAUCAGGAGUAAAAUGAAAAGAUGGAUUAAACUUACAAAUUGGUUUGAUAACAUGAAUUAGAUAAUCAAAGCAGAAAUACAGGAAGCACUGACAGCCACUAUAACUUUGUUAAUAACCUGGAUGGAGACAGAAUAGCUAUAUCCUUCUCUUUUUAGUAAUAUAAUGAGCUUGACUGUUUUUAUUUAUUUUUUAACCCCAAAGAAUGUUGAAAUAUUUAGCUCCAAACACAGGGUGGUUGAUAACUUUAAGAGGACACCACUAUUACUUUUUGAGUUGUGGAAUUGCACAAUAUUUUGAGGGGUUUUAGUAAAUCUUCGUACCCUUGCAGGUUAGGGCUUAUAUUUUCACCCCCAAAACAGUUGCUUUGAUUUUAGCUCCCAAGUAAUGUGUAAUAUAAAAAAAUGUCUCACAUCAUCUGUGUUUUUAACCCUUGACAUAGCAGCCUCAAAUUAAGUAAGAUAUCUUUAUGGCUUAAAAAUGAAAACAAGAUUAUUAACAAGACAUUUGCAUGAUCCAAAAAUCUAUUUGUGUUGGUCUGACUGAAACUGGAUUUUCAAAAAUCAUGAGCACACUCAAUUAUGACUCAGUUGGACACAAACUAGCCUAAGUGUUGUGCGCAUGCUCUUUAGUUUGCAUGAGGGGUUUUGACCUGGUAGUUGAUCAGCUCUUUUGCUAAUGUGUUUGUCGAUUGUUUUGGUGUGUGAAGUAAUGGCAGUUUUGUUUUGCAAAACAGAUUUUAAAAAAGCAGAAUAAGUUACACAAAAGACUAAAAAAACAAUAUCAGUGAUAAACAAAAUAAACGUAAGUCUGCAUAUGCAUGAACUAUGUAUAAAUGGUGUAAUUUAAACAGUGUAUCUGAGAUUUGAGACAUUUAUGUAACGUCCCAGCCUAGGACUCCCAACCCUUAGUUAUUCUUGAGCAGCGCCACAAUUAUUUUCAGAGUAUAAUCAGGACUGUUUAUGUCAUAUAUGGACUCAGCAGAUGCAGAAUUCAGACCUUGAUUUCAACAUCAAACAUCUACCUUUUUAUAUAGAUAUGUGAGGCCAUGUUUUGUGUUACACAUUAAUGUGAGUUUGCUGCCUGAACUUUCUGGGGCCUUUUUCCUGGAAAUAAGUUUCAAAAUAAAGGAGGCCUCUUGAAUUGCCUGCCCUCAGUAGUCAGGAGAGGUUUUGUGUGUGCUGCAUGAAUCACAGUUGGUGGUGUGUCUUCAGUAGACAACUAGGUAUAUAUCAUUGAAGCCUCUGCCCAUGUUCUAAUCCUCUCCCACACCCCCGCCUCCCUCGUCUCUUUCUCCCCAGUGUUAAGUAUAAUAUCUAGUUUGUGUCAGACACAUUCAUCUGCCCCCUGAGUGCCUUCUUACAGAUUAACAGUGGAUGGAGUUUGGAGGCUGCAACCGCUUACUGAUCACUCAGCUUUUAACUCAGGCCGGAUCUGUACGGUAACGGCAUCGCUGUAGACUUUGACACCUGUAUGGAUACUGUGUUCAGAUCGUCUUCAGAAGGACGGGGCUGGCAGAAGUCGGUUUGUUGCUGAUGAUCCCGUACUCAGGGGAGACUGUGGUGACUGUGGUUUGUCCAGGAGAUGCAUGAAGGAGCCCUGCUAUGUUCCUGUACAAAGCCCUUAAACACAGAGAUGAAGAGGAGGACCUCCAGGUAUUCGCUCAGUGGCUCAGUGGGAUGAUCUGGUUGUUGAGAUUUCCUUAAAACCAUCCUUUGUGUUAGGCAGCUUUGAACCUAAGACACUGAGGAUGGCGCUGCUUCCUUAAGGGAUUGAUGGAAUUAUUAAUUACUUAUAACUUUUCCUGUGUGCGUAGUCGCUUUUGUUUCUUUAUGUGCCAAAUUCAGCGACAACAAGGAAAAACUCAACUGUUCGCUGCCACUUCCACAACAUUUUCAUUCCUGAUGUUUUCACAGUGCUAUUGUAAGAGCGUCAGGAGUAUUUGAGAGCUUUGGUCUAAAGCAGGUGAUGGUGUUUGCAGGUUCUCCUCUUAGUGCUGGGAAGGAUUAGAGCCGCUAAUCUGUGCUGGGUCCCUCUCAGCCGCUCUGAGGGGGGAACCAAGAGUUAGAAAUUGAAAAUUCCUUCGAGAUAAAUCCUCCUUGUAAAAGAGUAGCGAUUAUUUAAAACAGCUUAUAACAAUGGCCGACACCUGCGGCUGACAUGCCUCCUGAACAACAGUAGUAUAGCUGUAGUAGAUCAAACUCUCCUUUUUAAACACAAAUAUGAUUCAUCUUUUUGUUCUGCUUUUCUUUGUCUUUUUAAAGCAACAAUCGGUUAAGUGUCAGCGGUGUUUGUAUAAAAACUUCAUUUCUACACAGGGGAGCAUUGUUGUUUUUAACAUCUAUGGGGGAGAAUUAGAUGAACAGCUUGAAUUUACUGAAAGCUAACAUAAUAAAGCAGCAGGAACAUCAUCUGACAUUUAUUGCUCACAAUAUGCAACUGCUUUUUUUUGUUCACAGUCCCAGAAACCCUGGAUAGAAAACACUUUCACCAAGAGGGAAUGUGUGUACAUACUUCCAGUGUCAAAGGACCCCCACAGGUAUGUGCUCAACCUCACAGCAUAGUGCUUUGUGGUGAUAGCCAUGGAAACUGUGUAAUUGUACAGUGCGCGCUUAAAGAUGGCUCAAACUUUAACCACCACUCUCCAUAGAGAAAAUGAGUCUGUUUCUACAUAAUUUUGAUGUUUAUGUCUGUCACUGUAAUUACAGCGUUAAGUGUGAGGGAAGACCAUAGAUGAUGAACCUGUGUGUUACAUUUUCUCUGAGUCAUAUUAUUUAUCAAUCUGCCAAAAUCAUUACAAAUGAAUCUCUGAAAACAUUACAGUUAUCUAUUUGAGUCAACUCUAAAUUACAUAUUUUGUUUACAACCUCUUGCUGGUUCAAACUAAAACUGUUCUUGUCAGUGUGUGCGUGCGUGCGUGCGUGCGUGCGUGCGUGCGUGCGUGCGUGCGUGCGUGCGUGUGUGUGGAGAACUGAUGUGAACAUUUUUUCAUCCAGUGGAGCAGGAUUUUUCUGCAGACUUACUGGAAUCUUACAAAGCAGUGUUGAAAUUGUUAACAAGGCUUCUCAUUGGCUCAACAUGUUGGUCACUCAGACCCAUUAAAACGUCUAUCACAGUCCUCCAGCUCGUAUUAUGGCCAUGUACUUAUUCAAAAACACCCUUUGCUUCUUGAAUUCUUUGUUGUUUAAUAUUAAAAAGUUGCUCAUAGUUUCACGUUUUUACUGUUUAACCUUUUCUUUGUGUGUAAGCCAUUUCUGUGUCUAGUUACUCUUUUGGAGAUGGAGCAUUCCUCCCUUUUGUAAAGUCACAGUGAUAAUGGAUAACCCUCCACUUAAGUUUUCUUUUGCAUCAAUUAUUUGCCACUUGCUUUUCUUCUCUAACUAAAGUACGUGCUGCUGCUUUAGGACGAGUCUGAACUGUUAGUGAACACGGGCUCAUUUCACAUCAGGCCAGAGAUCUGCAUGUGACUGCGAUCAGAGUGAGAUUCCUGUUGGCAGGUUUCACUACUUGCUCUUGGUCAAAGGCCAAUCUAACUGGGCCGCCUGCCCAGCUCACAGAUAACCCUCCUUUAUGUCCUCAAACACUUUGUCCAACUAAAACGAAGUUCUUCUUAAGAGUGAUCAGACUACUUUAACUGUGUCCGUGUCUUCGAAAGCAUGCCUUUUAUUCAGUCGCUGUCUGCGUGUUAUACAAAAUAAAAUCCCUGAUUAAUUAUGCUGUUGUGAAAUUCCUCUCCAGAUGCCUUCCAGGAUGCCAAAUCUGUCAACAGCUAGUCCGGUAAGUACUUGUUGAGCUUUUGUUUCACUAAUUCUUUGUAACCUGACAAGUUACUUUACACCAGGAAAAAAGUCCCUGUGGGCAAAUUCUUUUACGGUAUAAUUCCACACUGCAACAGCGACCCUCCUCAGGAAACAAUUAGCUUCCAGGCUUUGUGUGUCAGGAUACACUCUCUCACCAUUAAAGUAGUUAAAGGAGGUGAAAGGAGAACAAACAGCGGGGAUCAGUGAUUAAUUAAAACAAUAAUAGACUGAAACAGCACACUUUAUAGUACAACUUUAUAAAAGUCUUCAAAGUCUCCAACCCAGUAAUUAUGACUGACUGGUCAAAGAAAUUUUCAGUUUUUUAUUAAUAGAGAAAGAAAGAUAUUGUAAGGAUCCAACUGUGAAGAGACGUGUUCAAGAUACUUUUGCACAAACACACAUUUGGUUACCCAACCAUGCACACCACGAAAUGUUGUCUUGUCAAAUUGUUGUUAAUUGUUAGGUCUUGUUGCAUGUGGAGGGAACUAAGCUGAUCUCCUUCUGUAAUGUAGCACAGAUUUGAGCAGCUGAAACAACUGGGGAUUGCAAUAUGUCAGAUUUAGCCAGCUAACUUGGCUAAAGGUCCUUACACACCGGCGAAUGUGCGGAGCGAAGCGAAAAAGCGAGACGAAAAUUGAGAAUAUUCGCCGGUCCGAAAAAUCGCUUUCGCCUAUACACACCGGCUGCGAAGCGAAUAUGCGAAUAUUUUUUGCAAAGCGAAUUAAUAAAGUCGCUUUGCGGCACGGACAUGACACAUGACAUCUGUCUCCUAAGGAAGACAAGAGAGUGUCAUCUUGUGAGAAAACUACUUCAUUAGUAAUUCGAAAGAGUUUUGGAUGCACCUCAGCUGUCUUUCUCUGCGUUUUCAUAAUCUCAAACUUCUCCCUCUCCUCCAGCCGUGUUGGUCUGUGACGUCAUCAACAACAUGACUUUUGAUUGGCCAGAGGUCUAGCAGGUCCAGAUAUUGGCCUGCGAAUAUCCGAAAAAUUCGACACAGGAGCGAAAAAAUAAAAGCGGCUUUUCGCCCCGCGGAAAAAUCGCCGCCGGUGUGGAAGCUUGCAUUGACUUUAUGCUGUUUUAAAAAAAGGCGAAUAAUUCGCUUGGCGAAUUGUCGCCCGGUGUGUAAGGACCUUAAGAGUAAUAUAUUUCUAUUAAUAGUUGGCAACAUUUUCUCUGGUUGAACCAUUUCAUAAUAAGAGUCCUUUGGAUUUCAACGGUUAGUAUUUUGAAUAAAAUGAAACACACGACAGAAUAUUUCUUUACACCAUAGAAGACAAAUCACUUUGAGAUUAUUCAUUAAUGGAUAACCCACAAGAAUCCUCUCAUCUGCUUGCUGGAUUGACACCUGUGCUGUGAGUUGUCUGAAGACCACACUCUGAGUGUCAAGUGAACUCCAGUUUCUUGAACAUCGAUUAGUUUUUUUGGGGGGGGGUUAAAACCUUGUUCCACCUGCUUCCCUCAGUCACAGUUUCUGUUAAAUCAAAAUUGGAUAAUGCAGUUUGGGAGGCAAUCGUAUUCAGUUUAAUUCAGCAAACUUUGUUUAACCUUGAAGGACAAUGACAAGUCCAUGUUGUAUGAACCACAAGCAGAGGGCUGCUAUGAUAUUCUUUCUUUUGUAAACUGUCUUUGAACAUAAUACAAAUACAACACAGGGAAAUUCAUUAAUGUCUAAACGUUUGUAAUAAUUAUGUAAAUUUAAUUAUUAAAAGCGUAUCAGUGUUUUCAAAGUCUUUGCUGAAGUAUUGGACCGCUCUUCAGAUACCAUCAUUGAAGUGUCUUUAUGGUUCCCUGCCGGUUGUUAAGCAUUUGUUAAGAUGGAGCCUUUAUUUGACAGAUGUUAAAUAAAGGAGACAAAAGACCUGUGUUCAGAAGGUGUGUCAGGGAUCCUCGUCUCUCAUGUUAUGCUUAUAUGUGAAUGUAUCAAACAAUGUGUGCUAUGAUUAACCUUCUUUUUUAAUGCAUCAAUAUAGUGUUGUCUCAUACCACCAGUCUAAAGUUAUUGUGAUGACAUUCAAGGUGCCGUUGCGGGCGGCUGGUCCGGCAGCAUGUUGGCUUCACAGCCAGCUUGGCCACCAAGUACUCGGAUGUGAAGUUGGGUGAAAACUCCAAUCUGUCCUUGCCCGCGGUGGAGGAGUGGUCGGUGGAAAAACACACAGAGGCGAGCCCCACUGACGCCUAUGGUGUCAUCAACUUCCAGGGAGGGUCUCACUCAUACAGAGCCAAGGUAGGAAGGCAAACCUCUUUGCAGAAGAGCUUGUUCUUGCUUUCAAGUUGUUUUAUUAGAUUAGAUAAGAUUAGAUUAGAUUUUCCUUUAUUCAUCUCUCAGUGGGGAAAUUAAUUAAAAUUUAUAAAGAAUGCAAUGUAAAUAUUUACUUUUAUACAAUUAACCCAGCUCAGUCCUGUGUGAUAAGAUUUCUCAGCUCAUUACAAGUGAAAAUUUCAGUGUGUAUUAAACUACUGAACAACCACUAACAGCACAGAAUAAGAGGGGAAAGGUCGAAAAAGUCUACCCCAUAUCUGUACAACCGCACACUCAAUUUGACAAACUUUUUUUGAUUAUUCAGUGACCAUGUGAUUUCAAAACAAAAGCACCAAAUGUGUUUCCCAGUUCUUUGAUAGGGAGGUUUUCUUUCUUUGACUUUCUUGUGUCCGUGAAAACUUUGGCAGUAUGUGCGUUUGUCCAACGACUCGCGGCCGGAGAGCAUCUUACGGCUGAUGCUGAAGGAGUGGCAGAUGGAGCUGCCAAAGAUCCUCAUCUCUGUCCACGGAGGAGUUCAGAACUUUGAGCUGCACCCGCGCAUCAAGCAGGUGGUGGGGAAGGGUCUCAUCAAAGCUGCAGUCACCACCGGGGCCUGGAUACUUACUGGAGGGGUCAACACAGGUAUGUAGCUGAUAAUAAAUCUGUGGUGUCUCAGCAGCGAGCUAAAAAGUCAUUCAGACAUGACUGUUAAGCUCCCAGAUACCUAACAAUACAAAAAAACUCUACAGCGCUGGCAAAUAGCACUUAAACUCACACAGUCAGGUUAGCGGGCUACAGAUUCUUCAGUCACUGGACUUUGUGAAAAGAGAGGAGACACACAUGAAGAAGCAGAGGUAGAGAGAGAGAUCAUUUUUUGAGAUGCAGUUCCAUGGAAAUGCAGAUUCUUCAUUUGUUGGUCAGACACUGACUUUUGUUUGCGAUCCUUGCAGUGAGUUUGUCCUUUGCCGAUUUAUGAAGUUGAAGUCUGUUGACAUUUGUAGGUGUGUGCUGUGUAGUGCAUCAGCAACAUUAUUGGCAUUAUUGCUGAAACCAGUGUUUGAUUAAAGCUUAGUGGUAGGCCUGAAAAACACACAACCACCCGCUCUUAAUAAAGCACUACCAGAAGCACCAUGUCAAACAACUAGUGUUUGCAGUUCCUCUUGAUUUGAGUAUUCAUGUGUUGCCAGGUUGCUAAGGAACAAGUGUUUGAUAUUUUAAUCAUGUUUGUUAAACAUGUGUAUUUAUUUCUGUUCUUAUAUUCUGGCCCACACAGUAAGUUGAGUCAGUCUGAAGUAACCUUGCACAUUGAGGACUGAUCUUAGUCUCUGUCACACAGUGAGGCUCACGCUCGUUCAUGAAAUCGGAUCAGGGUUCAAUAUCAACCCAUUAGAGGACCAGUUUGAUGUAUCAGAACUGAAAAAGACUGAUAUCUGCAUCCCUGGUUAAGAUGUUUGUUAUUAUGCAAUUAUUAUUUCUGAAACAAAAAAAAAAUAGUUCAUAUUACCGCUGUAAAUACCACAUUUGUGAUUUUAAAGACUCCUGCUGUGAGAAGAGAAGUAUUAUUGUCAUUGAAAAGACACGGCUGCUAAAUACUUCUUACUCCCCCCCUUGCUCUCUUACAGUUUCUCUAAUGAACACUCUCUCUCACUUACAUCGAGCAGAAAGCUGCACAAACACUCAGCCACCAUCAGUGUGAUGCGCUGAUGUAGCAGAAGUUGUAAUACCGGGCUUUAAGCAUGUCAUUUUGCUGUGUGUCGUGGCCGAUGUGUCUCUGCAGCCACAGCACAGCGUUAAGAUGAUGUGGUCUGAUCAUAGUGUUUAAAUCAUUACUCACAGGGUCAAUUACCCAGACCAGUGAUUACUUUUAAUGCCUCUCUGGCACCCAGGCCAGUUGGGAGGGUCUCCUGGCUCACAAAUUACUGCUGAACCCAUGAGAUCUAUUAACCGAGAACUGUGGCUCACUUCAACCUCAGGGCUAAUGUAUUUGUUGUAGACUUGCCCCCUGUAUGCAGCGCUUUGGUUACAGAAGCUAGAGGGUGUUGGCUUUUUCUGUGAUGUUUCCAUAUACACAGUUAUUGGUUUCUACAGCACUUAAUUUCUAGUUCUCAGCUUCUGUCUCAGCUGGCAGUGAAGUUUGGUUCAGGCUGAAUACCAUCAAAAACUUGUGGCUCCUCUUUAAAGGCCCUGUAAGGAACUUUUUGUUAGGUCAGUUUUGGUGCCCCUUGUGGAAAAAGCAGUCUUGAUUUUAUCUUGUGCUUGAGAUGCUCAAGUAGUAUCCUCUGAAAAAAAUCAUCUUGCUAACUUUUGACUGUCAGAUAAAUUACUUUUAUGUGAAUAUUAAACAGAAAACUGGGCUUUUUCUUCAGCAGCUCCUCUGAUUUCUACACAAAGCUCUGGUUUCAGGCAUUUAAAAUGACAGUAUGAAACACACCUGUCCUGUCGCAGAUGGUCUUGUUUGCUCAUUUAUAUUAUUGAAAGGUAUCAAUUAGGGAUGGGCAAUAAAUUGUUGUUCGCAAUAUAUCGUCAGAAAAAAUCCUCCAUGAUAAAUGUUUGCCAUCUCAUUAUAAAUAUGAUGACGUAAGCACGAGCGUCAGAUUCACAGCCACAGCCCACACAGAGCAGAAUAACAAACAAACAAGGCCGAAGGUAAUGAAGAAGACGUUUCUGAGCAGCUCGAUUCUGAACAAGGCUUUAUAUGAGGGAUUUCUUUCAAGAUCGGGGCUUAGAUGAGCACAAUCAGGUAUGCCUGACAUCGGACAGCUUCUGUUCACUCUGUGCAGUAAGAGUUUUUAACAAAUGUUGAAAAUGUUUUCACAUUUGAGUAGUGCUGGGCGAUAGGACGAUAGAUAUCGUGGGCACGAUAGAAAAUGUCUAUCGUGCCAUUUUUAUUUUUAUCGUUUCGGGCGAUAGUCUGUAUUUUAUCCAUAGGGCUUGUGCCAUCAGAUGAUUCAUAGUAACAACAACAAUAAUUGCACAUUCAGUAAGUGUAUUUGGUGUCGAACGGGAAAGAAAACAAUAUUUUCUUACAAAGAAAAGGAUGCGUUGACAUGUAGGCUUGCAUUUCUCUUUCGAUUUUGCGACAUGACGCCGCUUUACGUGCCCUCUUCGUGUCCAGCGUCUCCCGCCGUUGCGGGUUACCUGGGUUACACACGUGAGGGGAUCAUUGUAAGCAGUGCUUAAAUUGUGCCGGAGCAAGUCGGAGCGCGAUCCGGGACCUCUUUUGAUUGGAUCCGGGACCUAUUUCAGCCGCUCCGGCACCUGUUUCAUCUGCUCCGGGACCUUCCCUGUAGAGGAUGACAUUUUUCGGGAAUUCCCGUGGGUCACGUGAUUCCCGCGGGAAUCCCACGGGAUGGGAGUCAUUUUUUAAUUAAUCCCUUGAUCGGGACGGGACGGGAAAAAAAGGCAACGGGAGUGGGCAGGAGCGGGAACAACAUUAAAAGAUGAUCAUUUUCAGCCGUGUUUAACAACCAGAUGAACAGGUGCGUCCAUUUUUGUAGUCAUCUCUCAGUGAGAGCCAACACUCUUGACCGCGCUAGCAACACAAAAGAACUACAACAGUGGGUUGACUUCCUGUCAGCUGGGAGCGCGGCUGCGCAUUUCUACCCUUCAAGCCAGCAGCGAGGAAACGUAAUUUUGUGACAUUCUGUAGUUUUUCAAUCAUUUCUGGAGUCGUGGCGAAUCAAAUCACCUUACCUGUCUGCCCCUGAUAGGCGAAUAAAGCGCUCGGAUUCAUGCUCGGGUCUUGCUACGUGCUUCAAGAGUAAAGUAAACAAUGAUGGAGGCAGAGAGCAGCUUUGGAGGAGAAACAUCAAGCAGUGUGAACAACCUCUUCAAAAGAGCCCUAAAGACCUACCUUUUGAAUAAAGCCUUUGGUUAGUUUUCCUCUAUGCUUUAUGCUUUUACUACCUUGCCUCUUACAUUGCAACUCUAUAUUUUUUAUUUUUUUUAAUUCUUUUUUUAUGCCAAUCUGUGACUGUCAUUCUAUUGCUUUUUUUAUUGUUGCUGCUCUUUUUUUACUGUGUACUGUAGCACUUUGAGAUUUUUUGUAAAUGUAAAGUGCAUUACAAAUUAAAUUUAUUAUUAUUAUUAUUAUUAUUAUGGAGUGCUUUGGCUCACACUAUCGGCGUUUUCUGUGAGUGUUGCAUAACUUUGGGUGAGCACAGACAUGAACGCACUUCGGCCACGUAUUUAUUUAUUCAUUUUUCUAGUUUUAAGUGCUGGUCUUGUACUGGUACUGUACUAGUGCAGCUGUAUACACUUAAAUUUUUCAUAGAACUGAAAGCAUACCAUAGCUAUAUCGUGAUAUAUAUCGUUAUCGUGAUAUAAAAUGAUCCAUAUCGUGAUAUACAUUUUUUUCCAUAUCGCCCAGCACUACAUUUGAGACUUGUUUGAUGUCAUUAGUUUUCUCCAUAAUCUACCUCUCAAACUUGUGGUUAAGUAUCUUAUUUGACUUCUCCAGCUGGUGUUCUCAAGUCAAAAUGAGUCAAAAUAAAGAUUGGAAUCAUAGUAUUUUUUAUCAUGACCUUUAUCGUUAUCGCCAGAAAGGCAAGUCCUAUCCUGAUAAAUUUUUUAGCCCAUAUCGCCCAUCCCUACUAUCAACAUACAUCUCACCGUGUUUAGUGAAUGUCAAAAAACACCUCAAUUAAGUGAAAAGUGGAAGUCUAUUGCUUAACCUGGUGUUUUCUUUUAAAGGUGUGGCCAAGCAUGUCGGAGACGCUCUCAAAGAGCACUCUUCAAGAUCAUCAAGGAAAAUUUGCACUAUUGGGAUCGCACCCUGGGGAGUCAUUGAAAACAGGAACGAUCUCAUCGGCAGAGACGUAAGUUCUAGCUGUUAGACUUUGAAAACCUGUCUUUUUUAAGGUGUUAGUUUGAAUAAUUUUUAUCAAGAGAUUUAUUUUAACCCCUGUUCACCUAUCCUUGUGGCAGAUUAUUGCUCCGUAUCAGACGCUGCUGAACCCUCUCAGCAAACUGAACGUUCUCAACAGUCUACACUCUCAUUUCCUCCUGGUGGAUGAUGGGACAGUAGGCAGGUACGGUGCCGAGGUGAAGCUGCGGCGAGACUUGGAGAAGCACAUCAACCUCCAAAGAAUACAUGCACGUAAGAAAACAAAAACUUGCAUACAGCAGCUGUAAUUUCUUAGAUACCAGAGCAACAAGAGAUUAUAUGGGAUUACUUAAGAUCUGCAGAGGCAGUCUGGGGAUCCUCUCUGCGAUGAUGCUAUGACAUUAUUUGAGUUAAACAAACAGCAAAUCUCUUAUUCAGGUAUUUUGAGUUUUAUUCUGGUGUUGUGGUUUGCAUUUGUAGCAGGCUUGUAGUCCGAAGAGGAUUGGCCAAUCACGUUUUAGCAGGCUUUGGCUUAUGCAAGAAAAAUAGUCUUGAGUGGUUUGCAAGAGCAGAGGGGACACCUACUGCUGCAGUGACUUUACAGCUCCCAUUAGCUGUCAUUUUUGGAUAGUUCAUUUAUCCUUAUAUUCAGAUAUUUUCAUGCCGCUAACAAACUGUUAAAAAAAUUCAACCUGAGACACGAAUCUGCUUAGUGCUGUUUUUCAAAAGCCCUUCAGCUACCUGGGAAAACAGCUGAUCGGACCUUUUAUUCAAUAUUUAAAAAGUGGUUUCCUCUUCUGCUUGAGGACAGAACCGACAGAGUUUAUUUUCUUCACAAUAUUAUUUUUGCAUACUUUAAAGCUGUAAAUUCUUAGUAAAUCAAAAGGUUCUUUUUCAGGUUUAUACAACAGAAGUCAAAGUAGAGACUUGGAGAUGCACAGUUACUUAAAGCAGAUGAAUGGGUGCAGACAGUAUAAGAAGUUUUGGCUUGAAGUUGUCUUCAUAACGCUGUCUUACAACAGAAUUAUUGCAAGGUUGGUCUGUUCCCAGAGGCAUAAAUUUUAGUAUUGACGAGAUGGGCUCCAAGAUUGCAUGGUUUCAGUUGCUUACAAUACAAACUAUCAACAACUGCAACUGUCGGCUCUUGAUCACCAAGCUCUGUCGUCUCAUAAACUUGUAGUCUCCGUUGUUACAUCUAUAGAAACAUUUGUGUACCUAUCACAGCAGUCUGAGACAUAUAACAGUAAAUUCUCUUUCUCUAUUGUCCAGAUAGGAUUAAACUCCUCAUUGUCAUUAUAUGUCAGUUUGAGUCUGCCAGGUGAAAACUUGCUGAUAACACUGAGUUGGCCAUUAUCAUCUCAGCCUUCCUCUAACAGUCGAUCGGCUGAGCUGGUUUUGGGUGAAUAAAGUAUCAUGAACCUAGACUUUAGUCCUGCUUUCCAUCUUUUGUCCUUUAGGAAUUGGUCAAGGAGUUCCUGUUGUGGCUCUGAUCUUUGAAGGGGGUCCCAACGUGAUUUUGACUGUGCUGGAGUACCUUCAGGAGAGCCCUCCUGUCCCUGUGGUGGUGUGCGAGGGGACCGGCCGCGCUGCUGAUAUACUGGCCUACGUCCACAAGCAGACUGAGGAGGGAGGGUAAGACUCACACGCACACACGCAGGCGGGGGCGGUGUAGGUUGAGCGUGGAUGGUGUGCCAAAGCUCAAUCUUUCUAAAUCCUUUCUUUUACUUUUUUGUUUAAUCUUUUUGUAAAAGCACAAAUUACAUAACAGAGAGAUGAGAGAAUAGAAGAGGAGUAAGUAAGUUCUGGGUUUCAGCAAAUGAUCUGUUAAAUAUUUGAAACCGCGGUUAAAAACAGUUAAAGUUUGAAGAUUUGAAAAAGCAUUAUGCUGCUGUCGCUGAUGAGUCAUUGACUUUGUGUUACUCUUUAAUUCUUCCACAGCAGCAUAGUUGGUGACUCUCUUCUAUUUCUGUUCCUAAAGGAUUUCUAACGACCAAACCUCAGCCUGAGCUGUUCGAACGGAGCUGAAAAUAAUUAAACUUUAGUGUCACUUAUAAGAGCACAAUGUUCAUCUCUGAAUCGUAUCAAAUUAGAGAAUUACAAAUAAAUCUCAUAAAAUUUCAAAUAGUUUGCCGUCUUUGGUCUGAUGUCUUUGCACUCUGUAGUGAUCAAUUUUAUUCAUUUAGCCUGGAACGAUCGACACAUUUAUCUAUGAAUGAUUUGUGUGUUUACUUUAUUAACUUGUAUGUACUGUGUUUUGGCACUUUGUGGAUUUGAGCGCUUUGAAGCUGUUUGGGUUGAAGCAUUUUUGUCCGUACUAUUUGUUUCAUUCUCUGUCUACAGCGGUCUCCCUGAUGGGGUGGAGACAGACAUCAUAGCAACCAUUAAAAAAACCUUCAACUUCAGCCAGAGCGACGCCAUCCAUCUCUUUCAGACUCUGAUGGAGUGCAUGAAGAGCAAAGAAUUGGUAAAUUCAUGUUCAUUGAAGUUUAAAAGGCAUAGUUUCUGCUUAUUUUUUGUGAUUGCAUACACUUCUGGUUUUGAUGCAUUCAUUUCUACUUCAAUGACUGAGGACUAACCUUAUAAAUGUCAUAGUCGGUGUAUUAAACUUUAAAAAUCAAUGAAUGAUUCACAAGAAAAAGGAGGAAAUGAAGCAACUUCUGACUAAGAGAACCUGUUUACAAGUGUGGAUCACUUGAGUAUUUCUAUUUUUAAUUCAGGGAUGUGAUUCUGGAUGAUUCUUUCAAAUUCAGGUUUUUUUUUUCAACCUGGAGAGAUGACCCACAGGUAUCAUGAAAAAAAAACUUCUUUAAAAGAAGAGAGUAAUAAACUAUUUGUUGAAGAGAGAGCAUUUCUGAACGUUCAGGGUUAAACAAUCAGGACCAUACUUUUUACUUUCAUUAUCCUCAUGUUGAUGUUGGCGAUGAACUCAACCAUUUUUUUUUUUUAUUGCCAUGUUCAAUCGUUGUUAAUUAGCAUUGCAUUAGCUUCAAAGUACACAACGCUAUCAGCUAACAGGGUGGUAUAAAGUGCAGUUGUUGCCAGUGCAGUUGUUAGACACAGCUUUUUGUCCAGUGCCAAUCACAUCCCUGUAAAUUGGUUCACCUCAUGUCACAAACUGGAAACAUGUAAAUAAAACAUGUGGAAACAUGUUAGUAAGUGCUGUCUUGUGUGUUGGAAAACAGAUCACUGUGUUUCACAUCAGCUCAGAGGAGCACCAGGACAUCGAUGUGGCCAUCCUGAGGGCUUUACUCCAAGGUGAGUCCACCACUUCUCUCUGAACCUUGUAUAUUGGAGGUAAAGUCACAUAAAGUUCAUCCAGUCUAUUCAUGUGCUGAGCUUGUUGGCAUUAGGAGAUUAAAAUUUCAAGACUUGGUAAUGUUUUCCUUCUGAUAUCGAUAUGCUUUGAGAACAGACUCCCCCCUUUUGUGUGGCCUGGUCUUUGUAUUUUUGAGGGGAUCAUGUUGCUCACAUUCACAGGGCCUCCUUAUUCCAACACUGUCAGUCACUGAGCUGCAUGUCUCAGGCUUUCUCCUCUUCAUUCCUACAGUUACUUUGACAAACAGUUGACUUUUCUUUUCAAAACACUGCAGAGCUUUUGGAUGUUGUUUUUUUAUUUUUUUUAUCAAAUGCAUUCCAACAAAAAAGCAAGAGCAGUUUUUAUGAGUUAUUUUUCCCAAAACUUAUAAAGGAAGCUGUCGUUCCUGAAAAAAAAAAAUGUGUUUCAUUCCAUUGAAGCAGGUGCAGCUGAUCUGUGCAGGUUGUACAAUCUCAUUCCAGUUUACUUAGACAAAAGAGAGGGAAUUUGUGAGUGACUUCAGCUGAUUGAUAGUUUGAGGGGGAAAAGGUUGAGGCUGAGACCCUGGAAAACAAAUAGACUUUGACUGAAAACGCUCACUCUAGUAAAUAUUUGUCAGGCUUAAGGUGAGGUAAAACAGUAACUCAUCUUCAGAGGGACCCCAGGCCACAUAAAUCUCUGAUGCAACUGAAAGAGUAACUAGUGAUGCUUUAAGAUUCAAUCCAUUGAGAAAUGAAAAGUUUAAAAAGUUGUUAACGCUAGUUUUACUUAACUAUACCUAAAAAUACAUCCUUAUUUAAUGAAUUGGUUGUUUUUAGCAGAUAAACUUGUUAGAGUCUCUUCUGCGAUUCUUCAGGGACAUCUAAACAGUGGUUAUAAUUGUUUGAUUCAGAUGGCUCCUAGAGGACAAUAAAGCAGAUUACUGUGGAAGAGAGCGGUAGACUGAACAGGGAUUUACUUUGCAGUCUAAGCUGCUACGAUGCUGUAUUAGGGUGUAAUUGAGUGUAUUACUGCCUGGGCCCUGCUCCCCUAACUCCCUCUAAUCCUUCGAGCUGGCUAACAGGAAAUACACAGUUAAUAAAGCUUUACUUGCAUGCGAAUACAUAUCUUUUUGGAGAGUGUGUGUGUGUGGGGGUUAUUUCAUGACUGCCACUCUUUUUUUUUUUUUCCAGGCACAAACGCAACUGCCUUCGAUCAGCUGGUCCUGACUCUGGCCUGGGACCGCGUUGACAUUGCCAAGAAUCAUGUGUUUGUGUACGGACAGCAGCUCUUGGUACGUCUGCAUGUUUAUUUGUGUGUCUUUUUGUGUGUUUGUGUGUGAGCCACAGCCUCUCGUCUUGUUUGCUCUGCUCAGUAUUAGCUCCGAACCUUUGGACUUGCCCACAAUGACCCCAGAAUCUCCUCCAACCACAAUCUGCAGUCUGGGGAGCCCAGGGGACUGGACUGGGCUGGCUGCCAUGAGCUGCAUGUCUUUGCUGUAACUUGAACCCUAUGACAGUUGUCUUCAUAAGCUUCCCUCAGCACUCGUGUUUAUUUUAAAACUGGGGGAAUCCUGACUGGUACUUGAAUGAGGGGAUAGCUUGUGUUUGUUUGUCCUUUUUUUUUAUUCUUGCAGUUUGGCCAUAAUUUUAGUCUUCUCCCUUUUUGUGUUUGUUUUAUAAACAACGAAUUGCUAUACAAAUAUGCUUCAUACCAGUGUGUUUAUCCUUAUGUGUGUGUUUAGGUGAGCUCUUUGGAGCAAGCAAUGCUGGAUGCACUGGUGAUGGACAGGGUAGAAUUUGUCAAGUUGCUCAUUGAAAAUGGAGUCAGCAUGCACCGUUUUCUGACAAUCAGUCGACUGGAGGAGCUCUACAACACGGUAAUGCUGUGCGGCAUGCACUAACUGGAUUUAAGGGAGAGAUUUUCAAAAUAAAGUCCCUCUUAUAAACCCUUUUGUGAAUAUUUAUUUGUUUUAGAAACAACCCAGCAGCAACCCAAAUCUUCUCCACCUGGUUAGGGAUGUGAAGCAGGUAGGUUUUGACCUUUUUGAAUUCAUCUUAAAUUAAAAAAAGUUUGCAGGGUCUGUUCAAUCUUAACUCACCCUUUUGCUUCUGUUCCCCCUCACAGAGUCAUCUCCCACCAAACUAUAAGAUCACGUUGAUUGAUGUGGGCCUGGUUAUUGAGUACCUGAUGGGCGGGACUUACAGGUGCAACUACACCAGGAAGCGUUUCAGAAUCAUCUACAACAAUCUCCACGGCAGCAAUAGGGUGAGUUGUAUUUGUUGCCCGUCAUUGCAGGAACAUGAAAAAAGUACUUGAAGGUGCUAAUAUUUAGAACUUCUGUCAUAUUAUAAUCUGCUGUGCUGUGAAAACUCACCACAGUAGCAUUUGAUGUGUAACAGCAGCUGCUAUUUAUAUUAUCUCCACAGAGGUCAGGGCGCCAAACUGCAGGUCCUGGUUCUCAUUUGAGGAAAAGUCAUGAGGCUUUCAGCAUGCAGGCUGACAAGAAGGAGAAGACGAGGCACAACCACUUCAUCAAAACCGCACAGCCGUACAAACCCAAGGUACAGUCCCCAAUCAAAGCUGCAUCUAGACCGGAAGUUCACUGUAAAGAAAAGAUCCGUCAGGGUUUCUUUCUGCGUUUGAGCGGUCAUGGUGGGGUUUGAAUAUCAGAGUUUACCUUCUUACUGAUCGUUUCUUCUGCUUUCAGCUUGAAUCCACCCAGGAGCAGAACAAAAAGAGGAGCAAAGAAGAGAUCGUAGAUAUAGACGACCCAGAGACGAGGCGUUUCCCCUACCCCUUCAAUGAGCUGCUGGUGUGGGCCGUGUUGAUGAAAAGGCAGAAAAUGUCACUCUUCUUCUGGCAGCACGGUGAGGAGAACAUGGCCAAGGCACUGGUGGCCUGUAAGCUCUACCGGUCGAUGGGCUACGAGGCAAAGAAAAGCGAUGUUGUGGAUGACACCUCAGAGGAACUCAAGGAAUACUCAAAGUGAGUUAUGUCUUCAACUCUCUCAUUUCCUCCCUUUAAGUGCAGAUAUGACUUAAAUCAUUCUGUUUUUUAUUAAUUCAGCGAGUUUGGGACGUUGGCGGUGGACCUGCUGGAGCAGUCGUUCAGGCAGGAUGAGACCAUGUCGAUGAAGCUGCUGACCUACGAGCUGAAGAACUGGAGCAACUCCACCUGUUUGAAGCUGGCUGUGUCCUCACACCUGCGGCCAUUUGUGGCUCACACCUGCACCCAGAUGCUGUUGUCAGACAUGUGGAUGGGACGGCUAAACAUGCGCAAGAACUCCUGGUACAAGGUUCAUGUUCCAUUUCGAUUUUAUUUUUGGUAACAAACAAGCACCUGGGGGGAAACAAGUGCUGUAAUCAGUGCUGACAAGCGGAUGCUGGGGUUCAACAGCGACAAGAAUAGGUCUAAGUACUCCUUGACACAAAAAUAUCAACUAACUCUGUAACGGUUCAAUAUUCAUACUGGCCAAGUUUUGGCACAAAGUUCUACUUGACAGUCUGCUUAUUUUCUGAAGUGUCUUUUUCUCAGUGUAAAUAUUCAUUAAGGUAUUGAAAUGACAAUAACAACAAGAUCAUUGUCAUACAAGUGAGUACACAGCCUUUUCUGGUCAUGGUCUGCUUCUCCUGAGAUAUACUGUGUAUGGCUAAGACUGUAGAUAACACUUACAUUGUUUGCACUGUAAAAAGGUACUUUUUACUGAUGAUUAUUUUGAUAAUUCUUAAAAUAGUUAAGUUAUGUGCUCCCUGGAUUAUAUUUGAUUAAUGUUUGUAAUGAUCCAAAUAUUCACCUUGAUGCUGACAUUUUCAAAAUGAUCAGCCAGGGUUUGACUUAACAAUAUGUGCCUUCAUCACUUAAAACUUCCUAACUAAUCCACUGGUUUUUAAACUAACCAGGAAGCCGAGGAGAUAUUUUGGUAAUCUCUUCUGGGAGCUAAGUAGGAUGUGAAACACAGAAGUUUGCAUAACUUACAUUUGUGUUAUCCACAUAGACAAAUUUAGCUGAAUCCUCCCACAUGAGUUUGUCAUUUGUCUCUAGGUUAUUCUGAGCAUGUUAGUACCUCCUGCCAUCCUUCUUCUGGAGUACAAAUCAAAGGCUGAGAUGGCGCACAUCCCUCAGAGUCAGGACGACCACCAGAUGACCAUGGAGGACAGUGAAAACAACUUCCAGAACAUCGCAGAAGACAUCCAAAUGGUUAGAUUCCCCAAGUCCUUCUAGUCUGAGAGUUUUAGUUACCGGUGCUAUUUUUUUAAUCACAGUUCAUCACUGACUUUUAAUAGCUAAUCAAAGUUAUAAUUGCAUGUUUGAAAUUCCAUCAUUUGCCUUUCAAAACAUUUUGUGAGCCCUUAUUAACAAUGGAAAGCAAUUCUUUCUUGUAUCUUAAUUUUGGAUCCAUUCAUCUAUUGUCAUUCGUUCAGUGAGUGUUGUAGUUAAUGUCUUUGAUUUAGUUCCAUCCACAGGUCUGUGGUGACUCACACACUCCAAAAUAGCCCUUCACUGGCUUUUGUGAUGAGGUUUCCUGCUGCUUAAGUCUGAUUGGCUCAAAGUCAGAGUACUUUGGUGAUACUAUGAUUCCAGUUGGUCCUCAGUUGACAGACGGUUUCAAAUCAGCUGUCUGGGAUAAUAAACAUUAAUUUUGGACCAUAGCCACGUCGAGAUAAACAUGUCAACACCAACAGCUCUUCCGCUAAAAAAAAUAAUCUAUUUUUUUCCUCUUUUGGAAAUAUGGUACAGUCCAAGCUUCAAAACAGUGUGGUGUUUCUGAAAAUAAUAGAUAUUCACAACGAUCACAAGAGACUUCAGCAUCUGAAAGUCCAAAGUAAAGUAGAUGUUGAAGAAGUACAGAUUCAUGGAGUAGUCUGUUACAUAAGAAGAAAAGUUGAGGAAUAGAUUUUGAUGUAAAAAAAACUUUGCUUGAACUUUCUGUCUUUGUGUGUUUUCUUUUAUUCAGUCAUUUAUUUGUUUUCUUUCUUCCCCUCUUAUUCGCCUCUCUCCUCUCUCUCUCUCUUUCCCUCCAUAUUUUGGCCUGCUAAUUUGAGCCUCUUUAACCUCUCUGCAGGAUGUGUUCAAGGAGGCCAGAUCCCACGACCAUGUGGAGGCAAAGAAUGACAUGGAGACACACAUUCGCUCCAGGAAGCUGCCCUUAACCAGGAAAAUUUAUGCCUUCUACCACGCUCCCAUUGUCAAGUUCUGGUCCAACACGGUAUGGAGAAGCGCAAACAUACAUACACAAACGGAUUAAUUAAUUAUCUACUUACGCACCAAAAUCAUUGUUAGUGCAGACUGUCAUGUUUUUAAAAACUCCACUCUGAAUGAGUGCCCCCGUUCCUGCAGCAGUGACACAAAACAUUUUCAUCUCUUCACUUAAUAAUGUCUUAGGUUUAACAAAACAGCCUGACAGCAUAGUGAAUACAGCAGCCCAGUAAUGCCUCAAAUGAAAAUGCCUUAUUAUAUAAAACGUAUCCAAUUAUAGCAGGAACAUACCUCUGUCUAUUCAGUGAAGAUCAACAGCAUCUUUUUUUCUUUUUAUUUUAAACAUUAAUUAUUUGCAGAAAUGGUGCGUCACAGAUUUUUCCUUGUUGUGUACAAAGUCAAUGUCACAAAAUCACAUCUUCUUUUAUUUUGCCAUCCGUGGAGUACAGCCAUAAAUUCUUCUAUGAGGCCCUUCUCAGAUGUUUUGGUUUUGUGAUUGUCCACUCCGGACAGUUUUGACAGCAGCAUACAUCCUCCCAUUUUUGAAGAAAAGCACGAGUGUAUUUAUUUACCGAGGUCAAGGCUGCAUGCAAUAGUUAGUUUACCAUGAGAGCGCCCUCUUCAGGAUCAGAUGACAAACUAUAGCAGUCAGCCUGAUGUGCUGAAAGACCCGAGGUUGAAUUUGGACGGUGUAUUACAGUUCUCAUGAGAAUUUUUGGCCCUAAAUUUCAGCUAAAAAGUGACAGCCUUGUAGUGAACGGUUACAUUUGCCUUCAUUCACAGGACUGUCACUCCUGUUUCCUCACUUACACUCAUGUUUAUUUAUAAACACAAGCCGUAAUCUGGUUCUCAGGAGCCUGGGAGCAGUCAUUGUUGGCUUUAUGUGCGGGGACAGGGCUGUUUUACAGGCUGAUCAAGACUGAGAGAAGCUGAUACCGUCACUGAAUCUGCAUCUCUCUGUAACCCGGGCUGUGCUGCAGCUUAUCUACAUCUGCUUUACCUGUUUCCAGCAUGAGUACAGCUCAACAAAGCAGCACUCAUCAGUGACUUCCCCAUCAGAUGGGAGAGUUAACGGCUGAUUUUUCCCAAAGUUCACAGUGCACAUGUCAAGGUUCAGCAAUUUUUAAAACUGUUUGGCUAAUUUGAGAAACUGUGUGUGUGUGUGUUUGUGUGAGUGUGUGUGUGUGUGUGUGUGCGUGUGUGUGCCUGCGCUGGUGUAACUUACCCACAUUUGAAACUUUCCCACAGUCUGCAGUAUGGCUGGUCCGUGCUUUAAACAGAAAUGAGCUCUGCUGUACGAAGUUACCCAGAUGGGAGCCCAUAUACCGCUGGGAGGCAUCAUGUGGCACGUCCUUGUUUCUAUAUAUGACAAUAUGAAACGUGAACGUUUUUAUUAAAACAAAGACACUCCAGGGUCUGUAGAGUAUUUGAAUUAAAUGACCUUUAUCAAACAAACAAACAAAAAAUAAACGACCGAAGCCAUAGCAGAGGUUGUGCUGUGGCACCAUUUAAAUUUAGAUGCUACGUGCUGUCAUUAAAGAGGUAUUUUUGUUCUUUGUGGAUCAACUCAGACCUUUCAGCAAACUUUUGUUUUGAGACAAAAGACAGAGCUGUAGCCAAAAACAACGUUACAGAGAGUCUCAAUGCUCUGACUGACAGACGUGUUAAUCUAAUGAAAUAAUAUGUUAAAGUAGGAGAACCAAAAAGCUGAAUUACAGUAGCUUGAACACAAAAGCACAAAUUAUUGCAACUUUAAAUGACUAGUUAGUAAAAACGGUCACGUUUCCUUCACUCCCCCUCAGAGAGCAGACUUUGUUGGGAUCUUGUGAAUUUCAUUUGAGACACAGAGGAUGAAUUUUCUCUCUCUCACACAGCCCUUACCCUCUCAGCUAACCACUGAAUGAACUCAGCUGCCUCAGGGACCUCAGUCAGUAUAGUGGACCACUUGCUCCUGACUCAUUGUGCCAUUAUUCGGUGCGGCCCCUUCAGACAGCCUCGACUGACCUCAGCUCAGCCCUUCUCAGAGGCUGUCUGAAUCUAGAGGCUUUUUUACUACGUGGUUACUAUCCAUGUCAGAUGUACAGUAUCUUAUAAAAAGUAUAUCUACAUGGUCUGUAGCCUCUGUCUAAUGUCAUGGAUCUGUUGUUAAAUCUUCCUGUUGUAUCUCCCCUCUGAACAGCUCUUCUACUUGGGUUUCUUGAUGUUUUACUCGUAUGUGGUCCUGGUGAGAAUGCCUGAAUGGCCUUCUCCUCAAGAGUGGGUCGUCAUACUCUACAUAUUCACCUCGGCAAUAGAGAAAAUCAGAGAGGUAUGUUUAACAAUGGUAAACUGUUAAGGACUUGUCUUUUCAAUGAUAUUAUCUGCCAAUGUUAUUUCACACUUUUGUCUCCUCUUCAUCUUUUUUUUGUUGUUGUUUUCAGAUGUUCAUGUCUGAGGCAGGCAAAAUAAGCCAGAAGAUAAAGGUGUGGUUUAGUGACUAUUUCAAUGUGUCAGACUUUCUGGCCAUAGUGACUUUCUUCAUCGGCUUUGGCCUGAGGUUGGGUGGAAGUGACACCUUUGUCCCAGGGAGGACAGUGUAUUGUCUCAAUAUCAUCUUUUGGUACGUGCGACUCUUGGAUAUCCUCGCUGUCAACCAGCAAGCCGGACCGUAUGUCAUGAUGAUCGCCAAAAUGGUGAGUCCUCACAAGAGCCAUAGUUCUGCACAGUGUAAAGCUAUAAGAAGUUUGCUGCUGCUCUGAGAUUUCUGCACGUACUGAAAAAUUAUUAAACAGCUGACAGUCUGAAAAUUAUUCACUUUAUAUUUGGCAAAAAUGUUCUUGGAGAAAAAGGCCAAGAAACAAGAAUAAUCAUUUCUCAUUUUAAAUAAUGCAAGUUUGUCAAACACAAAAGAAAUUGUAGUAGAUCAGGUCAGGAUACUUACUGUACAGAGAGGAAGAAUAUUAAAACUCCCAGCAUUAAUGACUGUUUACUACUUGGCACAUUCAUGACAGAUUUGCAGAAUUGAAGUGGUUGAUUGUGUUGCUUGUUGAUUUCUCUCUCUUUGGAAGUCUAGACUAACUAUUGGGGAGUGUUGCUGAUCUUCGACUGUAAAUUUUAAUAUUCUUUUUUCAAAUUUAUCACCUUAAACAUUCACAACAGCAUGAAGUAACCAGGUAUUGAACCCACAAUAUUACAGCAGUUUUAGAACAUAUUAUAUUUUACAUGGCUGUGCCCCGUGCCCUCCAAGUAACAUCCAAGUAAAACAAUGUUAACCUUUAACUAAUAGCUCACCCUCAAGUUUUAGACAUAUCAGUGUUAAAUUCAUGUAAAAUAGGCUGUGUACACCUCGCAUUAACAUCUUAACUGGGCGUGUCAGACCACAAGUGAACAGCAACAAGUACUAGUUCUUAGACCUUCCAUAAAUCCAGUGAUCAGUUGAUCUUUCUCUUUAGAUUAACCCAUUCACCUCCAUUAGACUUCAAAAAUACUACAUUAUGAUCAUUUUUUGGCCAACACGUGGAAGGCUGCACUCCGUCUCAAACACAUAUGCUGUGUAAUCAGCGGAUGAUUAGAGACUAAAGUGAUAACAUGUCGUAAAAGUUGUUCAGUUACAGCUCUGCAGUUUCUCUUCAGAUCGAAAUCAGUCCAUAGCAGACUAGAAUCUCUGAUUACUGUGAAAAAAAUCAACAGAAAGAUUGUAAUAUUAUAACUGCUGUGCAUUAAUAAGCUCUGUUAACUGCUUGUUAUUUGGCUCUCUGUGUGUCUUUCACAGCACGAGGCACAUAUCAGGUUGUGCACUGAAAAUCUAGAUAGAACCCACCACAACCCACCAUAUGUGGCACAGACAGAAAACUGGAGGAAUUUAUAAUCAUCUCCUCUUUGCUGUCUGAUCACAUCUGUUUCUUGCAUCCUCUCCGACUCUUUUUUACCCUCUUCAUGGCACUAUCCCAUUUUUAAAAAAGGAAAAAAACAAGUUCCCUUACAGAAUAAAUAGACAUUUUAGAUUCAGUGCUUUUUGUGUAGCUAGCUUAAAUGCAAGAGGAUUGACCAAGUAGACAGUCUGUUACAUGGGUUGUUGCCGUGGACACAGGAAGAGUUGGUUCAGGUUAAUGUAGCCCCGCACGCGUGUGUAAACACUCCCAGACCAGUGAAGACAAAUGCCCCCAAGAACACCUUUAAAUGUGGAAUGAAACUGGAUGUUGGCAUGUAGAAGCGUUGCUGAGCUUUCACACCUGUUGUUUAAGGUUACCACUUGUGUCCCAGUCACCCAGUUCUGAUGAUGAUGCUAGGUGUAAACAGGAUUAAAAUUCAGUUGGUGUGUUUUUCUGAUAUUCCAGUACUGAUUUUCUCUCCUGCAGAGUUGUGCUAAAAAUUAAGCUAGACCCAACAGAAAAUCAGCUUGGCGUACUUUGGGGGAAAAAAGACACUAAGCAGGGUGAAACUGCAAGCCUGCCUUUGUCCUAAGUGAACAAAAAAAAAUCUCUUUACCAGCACAAAUGGGAAUUGAUGUUUGUUCUAAUUCGAAACAUGCAUGUUUUUCAGCUACAUAAUGCUAUUGGACUGUUCAGGUUAGCAGUUCCUCUUGCUUACAGUUUUCACCCUCAGCUUUGCUAACCUGCUGCUACUCCAGCUUGAUAUUUAGUAUAUUUGUGUAAUUGUUAAAAUGGUUUAAAUCCUCUCAUCUUUUGCAACAAAGCAAGUAAGUGAAGAUCCUGUGAUCCCAAAGUCAUCCUUUCAUAUGAUCUGGUAAAAUAAUACCGUGUACCUGUCGGAAGUCAUAAAUAGUUUAGUCUAAACGUGGUCUUUCCUGAGGAUUUUAGAACAGAUUUUAUCUAAAUUUAGGAAAAUUCAUGCAGGUAACAAUGAGAUAUUGCAGAUUUUUUUUUUGUUCCCCAAAGAAGAUGUGUUUCCACUCUAAAUAAAUAAACUUUAAUGCCAGAUAUAUCUCAAUUUUAGUAAGUUGUUCCAGCAUAUAAACAUGUCACAAAUCAUGAUAAACACUUCAAUCAGCAUGUAUGACGUCUCUUUCAGGUGGCCAACAUGUUUUAUAUUGUGGUAAUAAUGGCUAUAGUCCUUCUAAGCUAUGGCGUGCCCAGGAAAGCCAUUCUGUACCCACAAGAGGAGCCCAGCUGGACGCUGGCUAAAGAUGUGGUCUUCCAGCCGUACUGGAUGAUGUACGGGGAAGUGUAUGCUUAUGAAAUCGAUGGUAAGGACGAUGAGGAUGGUAGGGGAGAUUAUGAGGGUAAGAAGAGUUUUAUUCAAAGCUUCUCACCACAGCAUGAUGGCUGAUUGUCACUCAAAACAAUCACUGGAAAUCAAAACCCACCAUGGCGUAAUCAUUGCUCCCCCCUCACAGUCUCCUUCACACAACAUGGUUGACACAGAUGAGCAGCCGUCACAGGUCUGUUUGGGGUCAGCGGGGCUUUUUGCUUCACCGCAGCAUCAACCGUCUUGACGUAUAAGGGGAAAAGUCAGGCGCAUUUGAAGCUCAGGUGGAACAAAAUACCUUGCAGUGCUCUUCUACCUAAGAUGGCAUCCAAAGGUUUCACGUACCAUUAAAAUUUAUCACAUUGUUUUUUACUUUGUCAUACAGUUGAAAGGGAGUCAGAGAAAGGUGGAUAAUUAUAAUGCUAUGUCAGUCAGACACUGAGUGAUACAAGAGAAGAAGAAAAAAGAAAGUUCAGAAAAAUUGUGGUCAAAAUAUCACAGCAGCUAUACAGCAUCAAUCAAAAAGAGCUUUAUGUAGGAAAUGGAGUACAGGACACUUAAAAUAUAAAUGUUAAGGUAAAAUAUAAAACGACUGAUUUAAUACAGCCAGUGUAGCCUACAGCGAUACUUCCUUUGUAUAGUUUAAAGAUACAUUCACACAUUUUUAUAAUCAGAACACAUCAGGUGUAUUGAUGGAAUUGCUGGGGCAGUCCUUUUUUUCUUAGAUGUUUUAAAAGUAAAGCAGUGAUCUGGUACUGAUUCAAAUACCAUCCAGGACUGACUCAAGUAGCUAGAUAUCCAUACAGAUUUGAUUGGUACAUCAGUAGUGUGAAAUGUGUAUAUAUGUUUGUGUGUUUGUGUGUGCUUGUCUUGAAAAGUUCCUCUUCUUCACAGUCUGUGCCAAUAACAGUGACGCAUCAGUGAAGAACCUUUGCGCAGCAGGAGUGUGGCUGACUCCUCUCCUACAAGCAGUCUACCUCUUUGUACAGUAUAUACUCAUGGUCAACCUCCUCAUCGCUUUCUUUAAGUAAGAACACAACAUUUAAUCCGGCUGUGGCGCUAAAAUGAUGCUGGUCCUCUGUAAGAGCUUUGUCACUCUAAUCAUCAUGUCUCCUCUGUUCCAGUAAUGUUUAUCUGCAAGUCAAAUCCAUUUCUAAUCUGGUGUGGAAGUACCAGCGGUACCACUUCAUCAUGGCUUACCAUGAGAAGCCUGUCCUGCCACCUCCCUUCAUCCUCCUCUGUCACAUCUACUCCCUCUUCUGUAUGUGCAGAAAGAGGAAGAAAGAGAACACCUACGGACCAAGUACGACCACUUUCCUGACAUUUUCUUGCAAAAACCUCAGGUCUCCUACAUUUAAAGAAAGAGGAAUAAUGAGUAGUUUCAGUAUUUACCGUUCAAGACCAAACAAAGGAUCUUGAUGCUUUAUGUAACAGAACAAAAAUGCGGUACAUUAAAGGGAUAUUUCGGCGUAAAAUUAAUUUAGGGGCAAACACACCGUAACACUGAGUUAGACAUCUCCUCGAGAGAUGAAUGUUGCAGAACGCUUGCUUCUCCAAUUAUACCAACUUUAGUAAUGACCACAGGAUAGAAAUACACAGCAGUCUGAGGAGCCAUAAACAAACCUUGACUAAAACACCACUCUAUAGCCACAAAUAAUGCUCAGAACAGCACCUAACUUCAUCAACAGUACAUAUAGGGUCCCAGCCACAGUACUAGCCACCAAACAUCUUUUUAGCUUUGUCUGAUUUCUUUAGCAAAGAGACGAAACACAACUCAUCGACUCUCUUCCAGCAGCCGCUUGUUUGUACGGAGACCUUGGGCCAGUCCAAACUGACUGAAGCAGGGUGAGGCAGUUCAAGGAAGAACAUUUAUGAUCAUUUCUUCAUGGAAAUGCAAUCAGACAGAGACGCUAACACAGACGAACUGCUGCGUCUGCAGUUCAAAAUGAUUCAUAAUAUGGUGAUUAUUACUUCAAGGACAUGAUAAAGUAAUGAUCAUAAAUGUUCUUCCUUGAGCUGCGUAACCCCGCAGCAGUCUGUAAUGGACUGGCCUGCGGUCUCCAUAAGAACAAGCGGCUGCUGGAAGAGAGUAGGUGAGUUGAGUUUAGUCUCUUUGCGAAAGAAAUUAGGCAAAGCUAAAAACAUGUUUGGUGGCCAGUGCUGUGGCUAGGACCCUAUAUGUACUUUUGAUGAAGUUAGGUGCUGUUCUGAGCAUUAUUUGUGGCUAUAGAGUGGCGUUUUGGUUGAGCGCAUGGCUCUAUUGCUAUCGUGAGGUCAUUACGUUAAGUUGGUAUAACUAGAGAAACAAGCGGUCAGCAACAUUCAUCUCUCGACGGGGUGUCUAACUUGGUGUUACAGUGUGUUUGACCCUAAAUUAAUUUCACACCUGAAUAUCCCUUUAAGUUGUGUUGCCGCUUGACUGGGCGAGUAAAAGAAAUCUCAAACUGUAACAAGUGUCCUCUAUAUUUUUUUGUAGAGCUGUUUCUCACAGAGGAGGACCAAAAGAAGCUUCAUGAUUUUGAGGAGCAGUGUGUGGAGACUUACUUUCACGAAAAAGAUGAUCAGUUUCACUCGGGGAGUGAGGAGCGCAUUCGUCUCACAUCAGAAAGGUGAGUGACUUUUUCUGUACCUUCUGAACUUAGAGAACUCAAGUUUGAGACAAGACUUACAGUAUAUAAAUACGGCUUUUUGAUAACCACAGUUUUUAUAAGACACUCUGGCUAAAGGUAACAUUUUAUCUACAGUAUAUGUCUAGCUAACUGUGUCAAGUUUCCAUGACAUUGUCAAGAUUGUGUUAAAACUGUUGUCUUGGCUCAGUCUUGCACCAUCAGAGUGUGCCCACGUUCCCAUUGGACAGGAACAACCUACAACAAACACUGUAGCUUUAAAAGAGGGCAGAUAAAUGAACAUAUAUCACCUGUAAAUGCAGUUUAAAGCUUCAAAAGGACAAAAAACCAACAGUACAAUUACCCACUGAACACGUAUGAAUUAGAAUAACUACACCAGAGGGUCAUACAGACUUUCCUUUGAGGAACUGAAGUUGUGUUUGUGUUGUUUCAGGGUGGAGACGAUGUGUUUGCAACUAAGGGAGGUCGGAAACAAGGUCAACUUCAUAAAACGCUCUUUGCACACACUGGACUCCCAGAUUGGCCACCUGCAGGAUCUCUCAGCUCUGACUGUGGACACCUUAAAGACCCUCACUGCUCAGAGGGCAUCAGAGGCCAGCAAGGUCCACAACCAGAUCACACGGGAGCUCAGCCUCUCGAAGAACGUGGUCCCCAGCAUCGCCCCUGUGGCCACAGACACUGGCCCCCACUCUAAAUCGUCCGUGAUAUGCAAACGCAGCGUGGGGGCCUUCUUCGGCUCCUCUUUCCCCCAGGAAGGAGCCAACAUUGCAGAUUCUCUGUUUGGGAUUGGUGCAGGGGGAGGGGCUGGGACAGACAGUAAUCGAAGAGUUGGCCCCAUCCCUGGAGCAGGACUGGGGCUGGACCCCAACCUGACCCCAGCAUUGAGUCCGGAGAGGAGGGCGUUGAUUGGGCACCUUUCUGCAGAGGCUGGCUCCUCAGGCAGUGCCGGCCCCAGUGCCUUUGUCCAAAGUGCUGUGGCUUUUUCCCCUCCGGAGCUUCGUCUCCGCCACUCUCUGACCCAUAGUAAGCUGACCCGUCCACAAGAGCCGGGCCUUUCCGACUCCCCAUCCAGCCUGCCGAACGUGCCCUCCCCCGGGGCCCAGUUCCACAUUAGCAGCACCCCCUCCCAGCCCAGUGGCUCCAGCCACCCAGAACUUGCCCUAGCUGGGCUUUACCAGCAGCCCCUCCAGCCCGACAGCACUGCAGUAGAGUUUGGGGCCUUUGUGGGUGAGUAUGAGGCUGAGGAUGAAUCUGAUGUUGAUGAGAAGAUGAAAGAGGAGGAAGAAACGUGUGUGUGUGUGUAUCCUACUGUGGUCAUUGUGUCUAAGACUUCUGGCUCUGCUCGGCCUGCCUGCUUGCCUGCUUGCUCUGCAAUGCCUGAGUUUACAGAGGGUUUAGGAGGAGGGCAGGGAGGGGGGGCGGUAAGUCAGUGCUAUGUGAACCAAGCGUUCCUCGAUGAUGAAGGUCGAUCAGGCUCUCUGAGCACACGGAGCGCAGACUCUGAAGGCCCACCAGUUCCUGAAGCUGAGUCAUCGAACAGAGGCCUGUCAGGUAGCACUCCUGCCCCUGCUGUAGCACCCGGGAGACCCCACAGACGAAGGAGCUGGGAAUGGAGAAAUCCUGGAUCACUUGCCUCUCAGGCAUCCUGCUAUGAGGGUCAUGGUGGGUCAGAGGUCCCACUUGAAAUGAGGAACACAGCAAGAGAGCCAAACACAACAAGAGGUUUGAGUUUUAGUCUAAGCGAAGCACUGCGUCUGCUGGGUGCUCGGCUGUCAGUCUCCACAUCAGAUCAGUAUUCAUGUAGAUCUGCUCGGGCCUUCUCCUUUUCUUUCCUCUCUGUCUGUUUGAGCCUCAACUUUAACGGUACUUUUUCAUGGGCACUUCUGGGGUUGUCAGAUGUGAAGUGAAUGCAGCAUGAAUGAUUGGUUGACUGUUGGAUUGAUGAAGGGUUAUUUUGGCAGGUGGAGGUGAGGGGAUUUCGAUCAGACUCGUGUGUAAUGGUGAUUUUUUUGAUAAGUGUGUUCUGAUUUCUGCACAAUUUCUGCACGACAGGUGGUAAAAUUUUCACAAUCUGAGAAGUGAAUAAAUAGAAUAAUUCUUCGAUGGGUCUGGUGAGAUGUUGUUUCAGAGAAAUGGAUCAUUAGGAAAAGAUGGGAAUUUAGAUUUUAUUUUAUUUUAUUUUAUUGACUAUGACAGGUUGAAAAGUUCAGGCUGCUUUAAUGUUACCUAACAAUAUCAUUGUUUUCAGGACAUAAAGACAGUGUUGACCUCCAGCCUUCACCACCCAAAGAGACCUCCAGUAGACAGCACAGCCCGGCCACACAGACCAGAACCCAGGUGUGUAUGUGUGCAUAAAUAACACUCAUAUUUAAUUUCUAUAACUUAGUUUAGUGUUUCACCUGAACACUGAGGCCUAUGCUAUUAUUUUUCAGUCUUAUAUUCUUCACUUUGAUUUAUAAUGUCUUCUUUAAUGACUCUAAUAUGUGCUCUGUCUAUUUAACAUGAUAGGCCAUUUUCUGCAGAAUGAGUUGGUUGAGGUUGAGUUAGCUUCAGGAUGUUUCUCUUUCUCUAACAGCAGAAAUUACUUGAAAUUAGAGUCAUCUUGACACAGACUCAUUGUGCUCAAACUUGUAGCCAAACUCUAAGCUGACUGCAUCCUGGUCUUGUACCUGUACUGAAACAGUGUGCUUUCAUAAGCUCCUCUGCUGGUCCGGCUCCCUGCACUGGGACGUUGUUCUUUGGGUUUGACUGUGUUGAGAAGCUUUGAACUCUAAAAUGAAAACAACAUAAACUAAUUGCAGUCAUGCUACACGCACAGCUGCUUACUGACACCUGUUGGCAACUAACAAAUGUAAACAAUCCUGCUUGAUCUACGAUUUAAUGGAAGUUUUUUUCCACUGACCCAACAUUUACGUCCCUGUUUUGUUUGAUUAUUUCCACUUUUGGGUUUUUAACUUAAAGGAUGUUUACUUGACUUUUACUAAGUAAAUGUCACAAUAGUGAGUUUGUUUCAUUUGCAUCAGAUACUGACAGUCAUUUGUGGGGAAGAAAUAUAGGGAGGUCUUUUUCUUUCUGACACUCUGCACUGACUGGUUCUCAUGACUGAUCAUCAAAAAUCUGUAGCAUCCUGUUGUAUCUCCAUUUAGUGUUUUACACAUUUGUAAAUACAUGGCCUAUCAUUUGAGUAUGAUGUGUGCAUGUAGUUUUAUAUCUCUCAAAAAUGUAAUUACUGUCUCUGACCUGUUUGAAAACUUGUUUUUGUUUGAGAGAGAAAGAAGAUAAUUCCCCACAGAUGGAAACUCUUAUCAUUUCAGUUUGUUGCCAAAUGUAGCCAUACUUAAUUACCCAGCCUGAUAAGAUAAGUUUAUCAAAUUCAGCGUGGACAAAUAUCAAAUACAAGUUUCAAUCCCUUCUCACUUUGUCUUUGUCUAUUUUUCUUUCUGCAGCAUCUCCCUGAAGCUCAUGGUCAUAUGAGAGCAGUCAACUCCUACGCUGGCUUCACUGAGUUUGACAGGAACCCAGCUUUUCUCCAUCCAGACUCCAGUAAGCUGACUAACAUCACAGAAAUACAAGAAAUUAUCAACCAAGAAAUAUAUUUAAAAACACAGUGCACAGAAACUAGAUUUCUGUGCACUGUGUUUUCUUGAUUUUUGAUAUUGUUGGUAAUUACUUUUUGUGGUUUUGCAGCUCUGACGAAGAAGGACAGGAGCAGAGUGUCAGCUGAAGACAUCCUCAUACAUGAGGAUCCCAGAGCUGCAGUACUGGUAAAAACUUCAUCUUUAGAGCAUAAGAGACAGAAAAUAAAUGUGGUUUGGUAUCAUUUUAAAUGUCAUUCAAUUGACUGUCAUUCUCUAACAAGUUUUCAUUUUUCCACCAGGAAAGAGCUCAGGUUAAAUCAGCCCAAGCCAGCAGCCUGUAAGUGUCUAUUACAGCCACCAAAAUGUACACACUUAUAGACACACGCAUACAUACAACAAACACACAACCUCUUCAAUUUGUGAUGUUUUUUUCCCUGUAAUUUUCAUGUAAUCUGUCUGGUGAAAAUAAUGUCCUCCAUGUUGCCUCUCUUUCAGUCGACCCCCUGGUGAAGAUACGCUUUCUGGUAAGAUGUGAAGCUUUAUCUAAAACCUGUUAUUUGGUUUGACUCGUUCUGUGUUGAUUGGCGGGUCCAGCAGCGACGUUAUCUGAGUGACAUUUGACCCUUUGUCUUUCUUUGCAUUGAAUGAAUGCCUGCUCAACUGUGAUACAAUCAACGCUGUUAAAGCCAGGGGUGCAGGUUUGGCUCUGUGGAAUUGAGCGCAUUAUUCACAGAGCAGAGGCUGAGUUCAGCCCUUUGGCCCCUUUGACCCUCUUAUUGCUCCUCAUCCCUCUCAUCCAGUGUUUCUCAUUUCAUCAGGACCAAACACACAAACCACUCUCUACAAUUAGAGAUUUAUGUUUUAAUGCAUGUCUAAAGAUAAAAACCUCCUCCUCGUCUUCUUUUAUAGCUGCUGUUUCUCUCUACACACCCCGACACACCCCACUCGGAGCCAGAAAGGACUGUGAGUAACUCAAGCAAACUGACCAAACAGCACAACAGACUCAGAACUGUCAGACCAGCUCAUGAUUCAUAAUGUCCAAAGCUGAAAACAGAAUCGAGACAUAAAACUAUUUUGAUAUUUAGUAAAUUCUUUUCUGAUUUUUACAGUUUCACAUCAGUCAGAGAGGAUUUUUUUUCUCUUUUUAUUCAUUUGCUGAACAAAACAAGUUACUUUGAGACUUUCAUGUGUUGCCUGUCACUAUUAAGAACCAGGCAGUAAAUCAAGUAAUAAAGAAAAUAAUCUUGGCAUGAAUGGAAGAUAAAAAGGUUGGUUGAUUUUACACUGUCAAUACUAAAAGAAAGGGCUGAUUAAAUUAUAUAUUUUCUGGUAACUGUGAUUCAAUGGACUUAUGAAUGAAAAAAACACUUUUUUUAUCCUAUAAAAAAAGAGAAAUAUUAAGACGUCCUGAAGCCUCACAGAAUUACAGUUAAACUAAAUGCAUCCACUGCUCACAGGUAUGUCACAGACUUUAAAUUACUGAUCCAGGACUGAAUAUUGGUUCGCUACAACAUUAACUCAAGCAAAGGAGAACUGUGCCAUCUAGUGUGAGCUUCCCUUUGUUUUAAGUCUUAUGGUGACAUCUACUGGUGGAUGCUGGAACUGGGUACUUUUUGUUUUAAUUCCUGGUUCUGAAAAAACUGAUUAAAAGCAUAAAUAUAUAACGCAAAUCCAAACUUCUGUUUCUCUCCUUAGCUAUUGGCUCACCUUUCAAGCCCAUGGAGAGCUACCAGUACUCAGGUGAGACUUUGAUUCUUUGUUAUAAGCCUCCAUUUGAUUAUUACAGCGGUGUUGAGGUGAAAAUGUUUGACAUUUUACUUCUGCUGUUGUCCCAACCUGUUCUUACAUUUAUGUUUGUGUUUGCAUGCACUUUUCCUCCCAUAGCUGUGGAACGCAACAACUUGAUGAGGUUGUCCCAGAGUAUCCCCUUCACUCCUGUGCCCCCUAGAGGUGAGUGUGUGACUUAGAUCCUUAGAUAAGUCGGGUAAGGUGAAAUGAGAACACUCCCUGAUGUUUUUGAGUCACGGUGACAGUAGGCGGUUGAAGAAUGAGGAAGUGUGGAGUCGGAGAUAAGGUUUCUGCAUUGACGUUGCCUCCCACACCUGCAGCUGUUUGCUCUUUAAUUACUUGGGUGUGACUGUGAAAGUAUAGACACUGCUGUCUUCUUAUGUUAGAUCCAUAAUCUGCUAAAACAGAAGUGUGUAUUUUGGUUGUUGAAGUUACUCUGAAUGUCUUACGGUGAAAAAGAAAAGGCACUUUUUGGUUAUGCAGUCCUCACAGUGUGAGCUUUCACAGCAGCUGUAUUUGAGUCGUUGCUCCUGAUCUUUCAGCACUUCCCACUCCUGGCAGUCAAGUAAAACUAAAAGCUUAAAACAGGAACAAAACAUCACUCUGUUCUCACAGCUGAAUUUAUAGGAUCUUGACAACACACCCUGGAGAAAACUUUGUUUCUAUUCCAGUUUAACACCAGACAGAUGGUACAAAUCGACUUGGUUACUGUACCUCUGACAGGCUGCAGCUUGUUACUGUAUCAUCCUUGAAUCGAAUCCAACCUGGAGACAUUUUAUGUUCACUAUAUCACCUAUCCUACCCAGCCUGGCCUCACACUUUCCUACUCUCCUGGCUUUUCUUAACCUCCUGAAUAUUCUCUAAACUGUAAAUGCAAUCAUCACAACACUUUCGUGUGUGCAUCAGAACUCUAUUUCAUGUUUGCAAAAGGUAGUACGACCUUCAAAACAUUUCAGUUCUGUUCAAAAAGCUGGUUAUUGUGAAAGUGGUUUAGUUUAGUGGCCAGAAUAUAAAGAUAUAUUUUUAUCAUGCUGGUCACUCAUUUUGACAUGUUGACUACCAUAAAAUUAAUUAUUGUACAAACUACAUCUUCACGAGAGGCUACAUGACACUGCAAGUUCUUAUCUCUGCGGGCAUGUUGUCAGUCUUCAUAGUCUGACCAGAGAUUUUUGGUCUGCAUCAUAUCUGAUAUUUUCCUCUGCAAUGUUCUGAAGAAAAACUGUCCUGCUGUGGAGCACCCUCUCCUCUGUCCACACAUGGAGUAUUCAAGGCAUUCAGAUGAAUUACCUGAUCGCUGAUGGUCAUUGACUUUCCCAGCCUUUAAACAGGGGGGGUAUCAUGAUUUUCCAUAUUUACAACAAAAAUUGCAAAGUUACAGAGUUCAAACUACAUGUAUGCAAAGUUUGAAAUCACAAGGUAAUUUUGUCAUAAGCUGAGAAAGUAGAUGUAAACUGCUCAAAACUCAGACAAACGCGUAAAAUGCGUGACCGUAGUUUAUGUGCGAGAUUGACUCAAGUCUGACUUGAGAAUUAUAGACUACUGGUUCCGGCAAAGCGGAACAGCCCAUUUGAAGUGACACCCACAGAGGAGUGGGUAAUAUAACAUACACGGGUUAUGCUGUGUAGCUGCUCAGCUGAUCGACCACAAGCUAGGGAGCAGGGCCAAAACAACAACCUCUGCCCUUAUCCGGCUUUCGGAAAGCCUCCAGAGAGGUGGCCAAUCAGAAGAAAGUAGGCUUGUGGAGGGGGGACCUUAAAGAGACAGCAGCUAAAACUAAAUGUUUCAGACGGAGGCUGAAAAAAUGACUCUUUAAUACACCACUGUGAGAAAUUUGAGACUUUUUUAAAUCAUGUAAUGCUAAUGAAGAGGUAUCAAAAAGGAUACCCACUCAGAGUACAUUUUGUAAAGCAUAAAAUUACAAAGGUAUGAAUCAACAAGAGGUAAAGGUCAAAAUGUGUCACAUUUAGCCAGAAAAUUUACUCUGUGUACUAAACAUGAAACCAAUAAUGCAGUGUGUGUCUGUGUGUGUAACCCUCCUGAUGCUUUGUUUUCCAUCAGGGGAGCCUGUGACUGUGUACCGUCUGGAGGAGAGCUCCCCAAACACCAUCAACAACAGCAUGUCUUCCUGGGCGCAGCGAGGCCUCUGUGCCAAAAUAGAGUUUCUCGGCAAGGAGGAGAUGGGCGGAGGCCUAAGACGGGCUCUCAAGGUGCUCUGUACCUGGUCAGAGUACGACAUCCUGAAACCAGGACAUCUGUAUAUAGUCAAAUCCUUCCUUCCUGAGGUCGUCGAGACCUGGCAGAGCAUCUACAAGGAGGACACUGUGCUGCACCUUUGUCUCAGGGUAAGAGCACCGACACACUCCCAGGCUCAGCUCGCUGUUAUCUGUACUGAACAUACCUCACACUGUUUGCUUUCAGAGGAGCUGCAUCUCCCUCCCUUUUCCUUUGAAGCCAAAUUACUACAGGCUGCAGUCAAUGCAAUCAAACUAAAAUAAUGAGACGUGAACUCCUCAUGACCUCUUACGGUGUGCUGCAGUAUCUGGCACAAAGACAUCAGCAGCAGAUCCUCAAAGUCCCGGAAGUUAUGAGGUGGGGCCUCCAUGGCUUGGCACACCCCCCAGGAGAUCCAGGGAAAUUUGGGGGGGGGGGGACCAGAACCAGCAUUAUUCCUCUCAGAAUUACUCAAAUCCUCAUGUUUGCUCUUAUUUUCUUCCAACUCAUCAGUUUUACAGAACAGAGAACAGAUUGUUGAUUCUUCUGCUCGACAACCCCCCCAGUAGCUGCCAUUCAGAAGAGAUCAUCAAUGUUAUUGGCCUUACCUACAUCAUAAUGUCAUAGCUGAUGAGUACUGAAGUAUGGACGCUAACACCUUGUGUCACUGCAGGAAAUUCAACAACAGCGAGCUGCUCAGAAGUUAACAUUUGCCUUCAACCAAAUCAGGCCCAAGACCAUCCCUUAUUCACCAAGGUAAGAGUACACACAGGAGGUUGAGCAGCACACAGUACUUCUGCUUCUGCUUCUGCUGUAUUUGUUCACAAGCUGAAUCUUAAAAAAACAAAGGCUUGUUGCGCUCCGUUUUCUUUCACAAACCUGUUCCGAUUGCGUGUCAGUGAAUGCAGCGUCUUUGCCAGGAAGACCAACCCACUUAAGAGGUUUGACAUUACAAGAUAUUAUUACAGAGGUGUGCCCUGACCUGCCUCCUUAGAUUUAUAUGCUUUACCUGUCAGUUGUUUCUUUUUGGCGAAAGACAAAAUGCUCACAAACUAGCAAACACAUUUAAGAAUAAUGAUGUCUUUGUCAACAAAAAGAAAGUCAUUUAUUUUUCAGCUUAUUAUUGUGUGAAGUCUGGUUCCUAUGUGAGUCACAGAUUUUGUGUAAGUCGUUGUGGUCUGGUACAUUGGUUUUGGGACAUUUCAACAGGUGAUCUUACAUAUCAAGAUCAACCAGUCCUGUCUCUAACUCAGGCAAACUCUAAAAUAAUGUAGACAAACUGGUUUGAGUUUGCUUUUCAGAGCGAUUCAUCCAAUCAAAACAAAAUGAUCUGAGGACAAUUCAUCAGGAGUCAGUUGCUGGAUAGUGGAUACCUUACUUUUGUUAUGUUUCUGGUAAAGACAUAAAGGGAUAUUCCGGCAUAAAAUUAAUUUAGUGUCAAACACACCAUAACACCGAGUUAGACACCCCAUCGUGGGAAGAAUGUUGCCGACCGCUUGCUUCUCUAGUUAUACCAACUUUAGUAACGACCGCACAAUAGCAAUACAAGGAGCCACGUGCUCAAUCAAAAAAGCCACUCUACAGCCACAAAUAAUGCUCAGAACAGCACCUAACUUCAUCAACAGUACAUACAGUGCAUCUGGAAAGUAUUCACACCACUUCACUUUUUCCACAUUUUGUUAUGUUACAGCCUUAUUCCAAAAUGGAUUAAAUUCCCCUUUUCCCUUAAAAAUUCUACACAAAAUACCCCGUAAUGACAAAGCGAAAAACUGUUUUUAGAACAUUUUGCAAAUUUAUCAAAAAUAAAAACACUCAAAUGUUGCAUAUACAUAAGUAUUCACACCCUUUACUCAAUACUUGGUCGAAGCACCUUUGGCAGCGAUUACAGCCUCCAGUCUUCUUGUGUGUGAUGCAACAGGCUUGGCACACCUGGACUUGGGGAGUUUUUCCCAUUCUCCCUUGCACAUCCUCUCAAGCUCAGUGAGGUUGGAUGGGCAGCAUCGGUGCACAGCUACUUUCAGGUCUUUCCAAAGAUGUUCAAUCGGGUUCAAGUCUGGGCUCUGGCUUGGCCACUCAAGGACAUUCAGAGACUUGUCCUGGAGCCACUCCUUUGUCGUCUUGGCCGUGUGCUUAGGGUCAUUGUCAUGCUGGAAGAUGAAGCGUCGCCCCAGUCGAAGGUCUCGAGUGCUCUGGAGCAGGUUUUCAUCAAGGAUUUAGAUGUACUUAGCUGCAUUCAUUUCCCCCUCGAUCCUGACAAGUCUCCCAGUUCCUGCCGCUGAAAAACAUCCCCACAGCAUGAUGCUGCCACCACCAUGCUUCACUGUAGGGAUGGUAUUGGCCUGGUUUCCUCCAGACAUGACGCUUGGCAUUCAGGCCAAAGUGUUCGAUCUUCGUUUCAUCAGACCAGAGAAUUUAGUUUCUCCUGGUCUGUGAGUCCUUCAGGUGCCUUCUAGCAAAGUCCAAGCAGGCUGUCAGGCAUUUAUGGUAGAGUGGCCAGACAGAAGCCACUCCUCAGUAAAAAGCACAUGACUGGUGGAGUGCUGCAGAGAUGGUGGUCCUUCUGUAGGGUUCUCCCAUCUCCUCAGAGGAACGCUGGAGCUCUGUCAGAGUGACCAUCGGGUUCUUGGUCCCCUCCCUGACCAAGGCCCUUCUCCCCCGCUUGCUCAUUUUGGCUGGGCGGCCAGCUCUAGGAAGAGUCCUGGUGGUUCCAAACGUCUUCCAUUUCUUAUUCCCUGUAUUGCUGUCGUGCAAUCGUUACUAAAGUUGGUAUAACUAGAGAAGCAAGCGGUUGGCAACAUUCAUCUCUCAACGGGGUGUCUAACUCGGUGUCUAACUCAGUGUUGCAGUGUGUUUGACCCUAAAUUAAUUUUACGCCGGAAUAUCCCUUGGACAAUAACCCACCGUAAUCAAAGGCUUUACAACUGUGGUGAACAAACUUACUUUUGACAGACAGAACCUUGAGCAGAACCAGACUCUGUCCUAAAAAUAUCUGUCAGUAACAGAGGAGACCUUAACAUCUUGGUUUCCUUUCCUUUGUGUUUAAAAUCCUGUGUGUUCAGGUUUCUGGAGGUGUUUCUGCUCUACUGUCACUCUGCUGGACAGUGGUUCGCCAUAGAAGAGUGCAUCACUGGGGAGUUCAGGAAGUUCAACAACAACAAUGGAGAUGAGACCGUCCCAACAAACCUCCUGGAGGAAACCAUGUUGGCCUUUAGCCACUGGACCUACGAGUACACUCGUGGAGAGCUCCUGGUGCUCGACCUGCAGGGUAAAAACAAACUCCAAUUACUGCAAUUACUGAUGUUUUUUUAAAGUUAAUGUCAUGAUAAGAUGGUACUGCCUCAAAGGCUCUACAAAUACAUAAGGGGGUACCACAGGGUUCAGCCCUGAGCCCACUACUGUUUUCUAUUUACAUUCAUAUUCCUGAACAGGAUGUCUGAAAGUCUCCUUUUCACUUCCAUGCUGAUAACACUGUCAGGUUGCUGUGCACCUACGCCUGCUCAAGCUUUUUCAGAACCUCUGCAGAAGAGGCACACACAUAUACCUCAGUGUUCUUGACCCUUUUCCUGGACCAAACUGCACAUUUUAGUCAGACUAACUAAUGAAGACUAUGUGUCUUUGUAGGGGUUGGAGAGAUACUGACGGAUCCAUCAGUCAUCAAGAGCGGUGAAAAGGGGUAAGUUGUUUAUCUUUUAGAUUGUAUUCAGGGCAAUCAAAAGAUGCUCAGUGGUAGAGUCAGUCCUCUCUCUUAAUUGAAGGGUAAGGGGUUUGAUCCAUUUUUCUCUUAGCUUUAGCUUUUUCUCCUCAUAUCUUUUAAAAAUUUGACUCUCUCUGUUAUGAAAUGGUUUGUACUGUAGACUGUAAUACCUCCUAAUAUUAAACUGACUUGAGAUUUAUGAUUUUGUGUCAACCAUCUACACUGAAUAAACAUCCAUAUUAACCUAACUAGUGGUUUUGUACUGUGUGCUUAUACUGUCUGGCUCUUCCAGAUCCUACGAUAUGAUAUUCGGGCCGGCUAACCUGGGGGAUGACGCCAUAAGAAACUUCCGAUCAAAACACCACUGCAACUCCUGCUGCAGGAAACUCAAACUUCCUGGUAAGAACUGUCACACCGUUUCUCUUCCGUUAUUUUACUUCAUCUUCAGGCUGCAGUAUUGUGGUCAUUGAAAUAUCCCUUUAAGCUAAGUUUUGACAAGUACACAUACACCUGUAAACUUUUUUGUAUUCAGGCAUUAAGCAGUAAAAAAUGAGUAGUAAGAAUAAAAAGUUUUGUUUAAUAGUGGACAAAAGAUGUCUCUUAUGAAUAUAAAUAUAAGAAAUGGGCCUAAUUCACCAAAAUCUGGAAGUCACACACAGACCUAUGAAAACGGUUGUGCUGCAUUACGUCAGCUUAAUUUGGUUUUGCUUGUUCAUCAGAUCUGAAGCGCAACGACUACACACCAGACAAGGUGACAUUUCCGCAAGAUGACCCUCCCAACCCCGGGGCCGGCGUCAAAGAGGCCCGCCAAUCAAUGAGGCUGAUGCUGUGA